AGUUCAUAAAAAGAGAACGUGGAAGUUUCAAAAAAAGAUAUAAACAAAAGUGAGAGAAUUAAAAUUAAGCGUGAUUGAAACUAUUUUACUAGGCAAUUUGUAUUACUUUUCUACUGUUAUCGUCGAGUUUUAUCAAUAUAUUUAAAAGAUAUUUGCAUCAUACGAGAUUAAAGCUGUUUUAAUAAAAAAAUAAAAAAAUUUGGUUAAAAUUUCCGCAUUUUUCUUAUUGAAAAUACAUCCAGUGAAUUUUUUGUUGCGUAAAAAGUCAACAGAAGCGCUCAAUCCUGAGAAUACAUUUUGAAAAACUAAAUGUAAAGUUUAUAAAAUGCAUGAUUUUCAUCCAGGAAACAGAGACGAAUUAGUAGACGACGAGGAAAUUGAUGAAGUUGAGGGGAUUCUUGAGUUCUUAGGCGAACAGUCAGAAAUUAAUAAUUUAUUAGGAGACGAAUUCAUUCUUAAUCAAGAGCGCAUAAUAAUGAUGAAUAACGAAAGUACCGAUGACGAUGAAUUUUAUACAGGUCAAGAAUCAGACAGUUCAAUGUAUAAUUCUAAUAAUGAACAGGAAUCAGAUAGUGAUAGUGAAAGUGAAGCACCACCGGAACCAACAGAAAAUAAUGAGGAACGUCCAACAACAUCUACAAGAAGAGUAAUUGAUGAUUAUGAUCCAAAUGAUGAAAGUGACGAAGUUGUGAGAAAAAUUAUUGCUGAAAUUAAAAAGCCUAGAUCAAAACCACCAAAUAUCGAUACAGAAGACUAUCCAACAGACCUAUCAUUUCAUCCAAAUCAAAAUAUCCUGGCGAUUUCCACAAUUACUGGCGAUGUUUUAAUCUAUCGCUAUGAAAAUGAAGAAAAUAAGCUCCUUUAUACACAUGAAAUUCAUAGUAAAGCUGUUCGAGAUAUUGAGUUUAGUACUGAUGGUCUUGCAUUAUUUUCUACCUCACGUGACAAAUCAAUAAUUCUUUCAGACUUUGAAACUGGUAAAUUUAAAAGAUUUUGGGAUAAUGCACAUGAAGAACCGAUUUAUACUCUUACUGUAAUCGAUGAAAAUCUCAUUGUUACUGGUGAUGAUGAAGGAACAAUUAAACUAUGGGACUUGAGAAACAGAGGAAGUGAUCCAGUCUUUAGUAUUAAAGAAGUUGAAGAUUAUAUUUCAAGCAUUACUACAAAUAAUCAGAAACGACUUUUGGUCUGUACAAGCGGUGAUGGAUUAAUGACAACACUUAAUAUUGCCUCAAAAAAAAUGUAUGUUCAAUCAGAACCGUAUGAUGAAGAACUCACAUGUUCCGGGAUCUUUAGAAAUGAGAGUAAAGUCGUUUGUGGAUCUUCUAAAGGAAACUUUUAUACAUUUAAUUGGGGCGAAUUUGGAUAUCAUAAUGAUUCUUUUACUGGUCCUUCAACACCAAUCUCAAUGAUGAUUCCAAUUACAGAACGAAUUGCAAUUACAGCUGGCGAAGAAGGAGUCAUAAGAGCAAUGCAUCUUUUUCCUGGUCGUAUUUUAGGCGUUGUUGGACAGCAUUCAUUAGCUGUUGAAACUAUGGACAUUUCAUAUGAUGGUGAAUUUAUUGCAACCAGUUCACAUGAUAAUGAUGUGCGUUUUUGGAACAUUAAAUAUUUUGAGGACUUUGACUCAAUCUCUUACAAUGCAAAACCUAACAGAACUGCUGCAACUAAUAAUUUACCUUCAUCUCUGAGAAGAAACCGAGCUGAUUUUUUUGCUGACCUCGCAUAAUUUAAAUCACCUUCCCUGUUUUUAUUAUCUAUUUAAGUAUAAGUCAUAAAGUGUUAAAUUUCAAUCAAAAUAAAUACAGAAAAAAUCAAUAAAAUAAAAAAAA